AUUUCGCUGCGAUUCUGUUAACUGUUUUAUGCACAGCUGUUGUUAUGCUUGAUGGAAGCAAAGCACAGCCAAAACGCACUGCGGCGGUACGAAACGACAGCGAUUGGGUUCCGAUUUUCCAUCGGAAUCAGACAAAAAUUCGUGCUGAACAUUACCAUCGUGGGCGAUACAGUGAAUAUCGCAUAGUGAGCCGGCAAAGCAAGUACCGACGACCCAAUUCAAACUACAACGAAUGGAGGCCCCACUUUCCCGCUCCAGCUCACAGAUAUCUCUCUUCAACAAACAAGCCACCUUCGAUCCUUGAUUCGUACGCUCCCGUUUAUCCCCAAACACCUUACUCUCCGCCGAAAAUUCAAAGCUAUGAACGUCCAGCAUCGAUCUAUCCUACAGCUUACUACACCAAACCAACACGUACCGUUUAUCGCAAACCUUCUUACUCGUCACAGUCUUACUUUCCUCCGGCCCAUUUCGAUGUGCCUAAAUUUCCAUUACCGGAGCCUGAAUACCCUUCGAUUUACUACAACGAUUUUAAACGAGUACCUCAAAGUUAUAAACGCCCAAGAGAACGCUACGUCAAUAAGCCAAUCGAUUUUCCCGAUUUCGAUGAGUUUCUAAGACAGAGCAUCGCUUUUCAACACUUUAGACCUUAACAUUUAAGAGAUAUUUUGUAAAACUAUAUACCUUGUGUUGAAUUUGACGUUUUCUUGUUGACCAUUUUAAGCUUUGAAUGCAUUCGAUUUCGCCAAUUAAGAUGUUCAUUGUCCUCGAGCGCAUGGCAGGCCUAUUCCAACACGAAGACAAUUGUAAAUUAUGGAAAUUUAAAU